AUGAGUGAUACUGAAAAAUGGACGGUAGACGAUAUAGAAAUUUUAAUUAUGGAAGUUCGAUCGAGACCAGAAAUUUAUAAUCAGACUCUUCCAGGUUACGCUAAUGGAGAUAGGAUUGAGAAACUCUGGAAUGGAGUGGCUAGGCAUCUGGGAGGAAAAUCUAAAACUGAAAGAAAAACAUGUUCAAAUUAUUCCAGUUCAAUAGAAAAAAGUCAAGAUAGUGAUGUAGACCAUGGUGAUCAUCCUUCUGACUACAAUAUAGAAGAUACAGAAGAUGCUAAUAUUCUAAUAAUAGAGGAAUCUACAACAAAUGAUUUGAGCUUUACAAAUGACACUUGUGAAGAUUCAUUUUCAGCCACACUGAAGAGAAAAUCUCCAACACCUACUACUUCAGCUACUACAUAUACAAAUACUAAUCCUAAGAAGUCCCGAAAACAGGGCAAUGAAGUAAAUGAUAUCAUUGCAAAGUAUUUUACAUCAAAAAUUGAAAAUGUACCAAAGCAUAAGGAAGAAUAA